UUUUGCGUGCCCAAAAAGUUUAGUUUAGUUCUAUUGCACGCCAUUUCAUUUGAUCCUCGUUAAAUGGCAAGUGGGAGAUUUUGAGCUUCAUAACAUCUCUCUUCUUGAACUGGAUUAUAUACCCUACUCGUUAUUGAGAAUUGAUCAUGCUUCAUUUUAUUCUUGGUAUCCUGACCCUCAAUUUCAUUUGAAGCUGAACCAAGCAAGGAUGAUGAACUGUUAAAGGUCAGGACUUGGAACUACCACUUGCCUCCGUCUCACACCAGACAAGCACCCAUGAAGUUCCAGUUCCAUGCUGUUCCAUUUGUUCUUCUAAGCUUCACACUCUCUCUCUUUGGCCUGAUUGUAGCUGACUUGGACUCUGACAAACAAGCUCUCCUUGAGUUCCUUUCCACUGUCCCACAUGCUCCAAGGUUAAACUGGAGUGAGUCUACUCCAAUAUGCACUUCAUGGGUAGGUGUUACUUGCAACUCAAAUGGAACUCGUGUCACAGGAAUCCAUCUUCCAGGUAUUGGAUUCAAAGGAUCCAUUCCGGAGAACACUCUAGGGAAACUAGAUGCACUUAGAAUGCUGAGCCUUCAUUCCAAUGGCCUUAGAGGAAAUCUUCCUUCUGAUAUCCUCUCCAUUUUUUCACUCCAAUAUGUAAACCUGCAGCAGAAUAACUUUUCAGGCCUUAUCCCUUCCUCUAUCUCAACUAAACUCAUAGCAUUGGAUAUUUCCUCUAACAACUUCUCUGGCAGUAUCCCAUCUACAUUUCAGAAUCUCACUAGACUUACUUGGUUGUAUCUCCAAAAUAAUUCCAUCUCUGGAGAUAUCCCUGACUUUAACCUUCCAAGUCUCAAGUAUUUGAAUUUGAGCUAUAAUAACUUGAAUGGCACAAUUCCAAAUUCCAUCAACAAUUUCCCAUACAACUCUUUUGUUGGAAACUCUCGCUUAUGUGGACCACCUCUCAAUAACUGUUCUUCAAUCUUCCCUCCAUCUUCUUCUCCUUCCCUUUCUCCUUCUCCUUCUCCUAAACAUCAACCACUCUCUCCAGCAUCUCCCCAAAAUAAAAGAGCUACCACUUCAAAGAGUUACUUUGGCCUAGCUCCUAUACUUGCUCUAGCAAUAGGGGGGUGUGCCUUUAUCUCUCUCCUAGUUUUGGUGAUCUUUGUAUGCUGUUUGAAGAGGGAGAAGAGUGAAAGCAGUGGCAUACUGAAAGGAAAGGCACCUUGUGCUGGAAAGACUGAGGUUUCAAAGAGCUUUGGCAGUGGAGUGCAAGAGGCUGAAAAGAACAAAUUAUUCUUCUUUGAAGGUUGCUCGUACAGCUUUGACCUUGAAGAUUUGUUAAAGGCUUCAGCUGAAGUUCUUGGAAAGGGGAGCUUUGGAACAACAUACAGGGCUGCUUUGGAGGAUGGAACAGCAGUGGUAGUUAAAAGGUUGAGGGAAGUUCUGGUUGGAAAGAAGGAGUUUGAGCAACAGAUGGAGGUUGUGGGAAGAAUUGGAAGGCACCCCAAUGUUAUGCCCCUCCGAGCUUAUUAUUAUUCCAAAGAUGAGAAACUUCUAGUUUACGACUACAUGUCAGGAGGCAACUUGUUUACCUUGUUGCAUGGAAACCGAGGUGUUGGAAGAACUCCAUUAGAUUGGGAUUCAAGAAUAAAGAUUUCACUCGGAGCUGCAAAGGGAAUUGCUUCCAUUCACACUGAUCAGAUGGGUUCAAAACUCACUCAUGGCAACAUCAAGUCAUCCAAUGUGCUCAUAACUGAAGAACAUGAUGGCUGCAUCACUGAUGUUGGACUUAGUCCUUUAAUGAGCACCCCAUCAACCAUGUCAAGAGGCAAUGGUUACCGUGCUCCCGAAGUAACCGAGUCCCGGAAGAUCACACAAAAGUCUGAUGUUUACAGCUUUGGAGUGCUCCUUCUUGAAAUGCUUACAGGCAAGACUCCACUGGGAUAUCCUGGCUAUGAUGACAUGGUUGAUCUUCCAAGGUGGGUGAGGUCCGUGGUUCGUGAGGAAUGGACAGCUGAAGUUUUUGAUGAGGAGCUGCUGAGAGGGCAAUAUGCUGAAGAGGAGAUGGUGCAGAUGCUUCAGAUUGCAUUGGCUUGUGUGGCAAAGUUAGCAGAUAAUAGGCCAACAAUGGAUGAAGUUGUUAGGAACAUAGAGGAAAUUAGGCACCCUGGGUUGAAGAACCGCACUACAUCGUCUGAGUCUGAAUCUAAUGUACAAACUCCAUGAUUAUUUUGUAUAGGUAUACUUGCCUUGCCAUGCACUCAAUAUUUUCUGUACAAGGAAUAACCUUGUUGUGUCUGUAGACUUUAUACAGUUAUUGUAACUUUAUUGUAUGUUCAGAUGAAAUAGUAAGUAGUUUCUUUCUUAUUCCCCAA